GGGCUGGGACACGUGCUGGGCCUUCCCUGCAAGCACAAAGGUCACUUUUUUUUGUCCAGAAGUCAUGUCAGUCAAUUCGGCGACCAACCUAAACCCAAUCCUCGAAUUGUUCGUCGUCCCGUUGUGUUCCCAACAGUAGCCCCAUCCGCCCACCUGCUGCUUUGGGCGUCUCCGAUCGUUUUCUCAAUACCAACCUCGUGCAAUGACAUUCGAACAUCGAACCAUGAGGGCCAUCGCUUUAGCCUUAUUGAGUUUCCAUCUUAUUUGGUUUGGCAACCAAGACUCCAUGUCUGCGGUUACGUAUAGUCACUGCAUCGACGCAAAGCCCUACUCGACAGCCACAAAUGAGAAUGUCAUGACCCAAAACGGACCGAAGAAUUGCCAAAGUGCUGACCUCCAGCCACCCCGCCAGGUCGCAUUUAGAACCACCUGCUGCACCUCGCCCCUCCCGCCGCCCGGGUGGGUGCUGCCACGCUUACCCCUAGGGCUUGCCCCGGGCGGAGGAGUUCUUUGAGUGCUUGCAUAACACCAUGCCCAAACGAGACUGUCAAGUGCCGAGGCAGGGGGGCUGGAGGCGACGGCACAGUAAACAAUAUUCGGCCGCGCCUCCACGAGAAGAACGUCUCCAGAAGAAGCCAACCAGGCAUUGGUAGUUCUGGAACACCAACGUUGUACAGGAAAAUACCAUACAGAUGGGAACGGUGGUUUUGGCAACAGCAUUGCCAUUGUCCAAGUUCAUAAUGCCCGCCGUUUAUAAAAGUCUGCUGGGGAGCCGUCUUCUCCCACGACCGCGACCUAGCAACCAGCCUACAACCAUCACCCUCGAAUAAUAUCUGAUUUUUCACACCGCGCAAAAAAGUCACAACACUCUAAUAUCAAAAUUUCCCCAGCCGUAAAAACAGCACACAAAAAAGUUCACCAGCACUACUCCCACAACUUCCAGCAUCCUUACCACCCGCAACCAUGCACCUCCCCUCCCUCGCCGUCACCCUCGCCCUCCUCGCGGGCGCGGCCCAGGCCCUCACGCCGGACCAGCAAAAAGCCCUGGACGCGCACAACCAGGCACGCAAGGACCCGACCCUCAAGCAGAAGCGCGGCGACCUGUCGUGGGACGCCGGGCUCGAGGCCGACGCCGCCGCCUACGCCCGGGUCCUCGCCUCCAAGGACGGCAACCUCGAGCACGCAAAGGACCGCAACGACGCCGGCGAGAACCUCUACAUGUCAUUCGGCGGGCCCGGCGGGAACCUCUUCCUCGACGCCUCCAACGCCUUCAUUGGCGAGAAGAAGCUCUAUGUCCCCGCCUGCCCGCCCAUCUCCAUGAACAACCCGGCGGAGCAGCAGGCGUUUAUGGGCUACGGCCACUACACCCAGUGCGUCUGGCCCAGCACCAGCAAGGUCGGCAUGGCCUCGGCCGUCUCCAAGAGCGGCAAGCACUACGUCGUGGCCCGCUACCGCCCCAGCGGCAACAUGAUGGGCCAGUCCGCCUGCUAGAGGGCGACCGCCCCCAUCAUAUGACGACGGUCUAAACCCGGCUCACGAUUCCUGGUCUUGUUUUUUCGACAUGAAGUAAUGAUUAUCUGCAUACCAACGGCGUUUGGCUAAUGUUCUUUUUAUUCUCUUCAGCUGUCUUACCUAG